GAUGGCCCGCUUCAUCGCUCUGACCGGUGCUGUGCUCCUCUGCAGCGGUGCGCUAUUCACGGCAUUUGUGGCUGCGCCCCGUGCCGCCCCAGCCCCGACCGCUCCGCAUGCGGCCACUGCGGCCUUGAGUGCCGUCACGCUGGUAGCCCCCCAGGCAGCUCACGCCGAGGACGGUGCCGUGUGGAUCCCCGCUCUCUCCGCCAUCGGCGCCGGCUUCGCCAUCGGCCUUGCGGCCAUCGGCUCCGGCGUGGGCCAGGGCAUCGCCAGCGGCCGCUGCAUCGACGGCAUCUCUCGUCAGCCUGAGGUUGCAGAUGACCUCCGGGGCGUGCUGCUGCUCUCCCUGGCCUUCAUGGAGUCGUUGACCAUCUACGGUCUCGUGAUUGCCCUGGUCCUCCUCUUCGCGAACCCACUGAUCAAGUGA